UAUUCUGGGAUACAGGGCUGCGUGGAAGGGCGCUCUGUCGUCCGAUGCCCCACGAAAACCGCCUAACUCCCUUCAGGUUGGGGCGAGGAGGGGAGGAGGAUGCACGGCGAGAGGCAAGGGAGGCCGGGCAGAAGAGCGUUCUCCUUGGCCGACGCCUCCCUCCCGCGAGUGGGAAAGGAGCGAGAAGGGAAAGAAAGAGUGGGAGGCGCCUUCCUUGGCCAGAGGCAGGCAGCAGCACGGCAGCACUUUCUCCCGCCUGACAGCUCUCCGGCGCGGAAAGGAGAGCGGCUGCUUCUCUCCUUCUCCACACAGAAAGAGGAGGAGGCGGGGGCGCUGACAGGGAGCCUCUUGCCUCCUUCUGCCGGCAUUUCAACCUGUGAGGAGAGGCAAUGCAAGGCGAAGAGAGAGCUUGGCUUGAGGCGGGGGAAAAGCCCCCGAAGGCAUAGCGCUCCGCCGUGGGUUUCCAAGCAGAGCGACCCGCGGCUGGAGGCAGAGGUUGCCUCCCCUCCCCCCCCCUCUCUCUCAAGCCCUCCCGCCAGUCAGAGCAAAAGGGGCCUGUGGGGAGGCGAAGGCCGGCUUUGGACCAUGGAGAACAAGCGCUGCUUCCCCAACCGCUUCGACGACUACAAGGGCAGCCUCUUGGGCGGGCCGUGGCAAGAGAAGGUGGUGCCCUUGGUGACGGCCACCGUCGAGCGCAUCCUCAAGGCGCUGCCCGAGCCCGGGGCAGGAGGAGGCGGCGUCGGCGUCGGCGGGGGUCUGUACGGCGGGGCGGGCGGCGUGGCCUUCAUGCUGUACCAGGUGGCGCAGAGCCCGUCCUUCGCGGCGGCGCGCGGCUCGUACCUGCGGGCGGCCCAGGGGCUGGUGGAGGCCUGCCUGCGCGACCAGGAGGCGGAGGAGGAGGCGGCGGCGCAGGAGGGCGCGGCCGGGGAUCCCGCCUGGGGAGAGGCCGGGGACGACCCCCGCGCCGCCUUCCUCCUCGGCGGGGCCGGCCUCUACGCCGUGGCCACCCUGGUCCGCCACGCCCAAGGGGCGCCCGACUGGGCCGAGCCGCUGGGCAAGUUCCGCGCCCUCGCCGCCCUCUGCGUCCCGCUCCGCUUCCGCCAGGGCGGCUCCGACGAGCUCUUCGUGGGCCGCGCCGGGUACCUCUGCGCCGCCCUCCUCCUCAAGCAGAAGCUGGCCUUGGAGAUAUUGACUCCGGCACAAAUCAAGUCAAUUUGCCAGGCAAUAUUAGAAUCUGGGAAACAGUAUGCACUGAGGAAGAGAAAACCAGUUCCCCUCAUGUACUCUUACUAUGGAACAGAAUAUCUUGGGGCUGCUCAUGGACUUUCCUCCAUCCUACAGAUGCUACUCUCCUAUUACGAAUACCUCCCAUCAGCUGAUCAGGAACUAGUAUGGCAGAGUGUUGACUUUCUCAUGGAUCAAGAGCAGAAUUGCAACUGGCCUCCAGAACUAGGAGGAAUGAUUGAGCGGGAGAAUGAACUUGUACACUGGUGUCAUGGAGCUCCAGGCAUUGCCUACAUGUUUGCAAAAGCAUACUUAGUUUCAAAGAAGCCCCAGUAUCUAGAUAGCUGUAUUCGCUGUGGAGAGCUAACUUGGCAGAAAGGACUCCUGAAAAAAGGACCUGGAAUAUGUCACGGAGUGGCUGGCAGUGCUUAUGUGUUCCUGCUUCUCUAUAGACUUACAGGAAAUUCUAAGUACAUAUACAGAGCACAAAGGUUUGCUGAAUUCUUGUUUACUGAAGAAUUCAAGGCUGGUUCCCAAUCAUUGGAAAGUGUUUACAGCCUUUUUGAGGGCUUCUCAGGGACUGUGUGUUUCCUUGUUGACUUGCUGCAGCCUAACCAGGCUGAGUUCCCACUUUUCAGUGUCUUUGUAUAAGAUGGAACACGUUCCACUGCUGUGCCAGGUCAACCAUUCCAGAUGCAGAAACGAAGUUCAUGAUCAUAGAAGGUUAUUUAAAAAUAAUUCAUCCAUUUCAGCAUUAUCACUAAUGAGAUAGCCUUAAUGAUCCAGAGCAGGUAGGGUGGGACAAAGAUAGAGAAAAGCUCUCUCACACAUACACAUAUGCAUACAGGGGUAAGGAAAAGAGAGUGUGUGAUUUCUAAUAGUAGACUCAAGGAACAAGAACUCUUCAUAUUAUUCCAAAACUGAAAAGCAAUUCAGUUGAACCCUAAGACGUUAUUAUAACCUAUUCAUAAGGGUCAACAGCCUUUAAAAAGGUGCAUUUCACAAAAUGACAAAACAGACACUUGAAUUUUAGGAAUGUACAAAUGGAGAUCAACAUGUUAAUGGUUACCAAGAACAUACAAAAAUAAGCAUUUUGCUAAAUUCCUUUGAAAGCACAGGCAAUGCAACAACAAACAUAUGUAAUUUACAAUUUCUUCCAUAUAUUUUGAUUGGCUUAAUACCACUAUUUACACCGUAACUGGGGAACCUUUGACUCUCCAGGUGUUUUGGGCUACAUUCCCAUAGGCCUUUUUAACACUUGUGAGGUUGUUGGAAACUGUAUACCAUAACAUUUGGAAGUCCAAAAGCUUCCCACUUCUUUAUUAUAUUUCUAUGGAUUUGGAAACUGUGUACCUGAGCCUUACGAUUUAAUUGACAUAUGUAAAUAUAUCAGCACUGUCCAUGCACUUGGAAAGACAAAACCUGCCUUUAGCAUCGUUAUUCUCAGCAUUUGAAAUGAGUCCAUCUAGAAAAUAUGCAAGCAAUAUCUAGAAACUUUCUGUCCUUUCCUGUCCCAUUUCUCUGCAUGUCUUCAAAGGUCCAUGAAAAAAGAGUUAACAGUUGCUAAACCACAGCACAAUCCCUGUAUCCAUGCUCCCAAAUUUCACAUGGGUAUUAUAGGAUAAUAACCCUAUUUUAAACAAAGGGCAUCUGGACCAAGAAUGCGAUAGAGUCAUGCUGAAGGACCUAGAAAAUGCCUAGAGAAGAUAUAGUUUGUCAGACAUGGAUAAUGAAACUGCAGAUACUGAUCCCAUGAAUAUAGAGGUUGUACUGUGUUUACAAGCUCAUGUUGCACUUGCAUAAAAUAGAACUUGGAAUGUUACUUUUAAAAUAAUAAUCUGUUACAGUCAAAGAUGCAAAUCCCAUCAAAAGCAGCUUUUUACAAUCAUAGUAGCCAUCUUAUAAAAGUAAAUCGUUACUUUCCCAUUUCUCAAAUGUAGGAAAAUACAGUUUCCAGUUUAUUGAGAUUGAGUUCUAAUGCCAUGAGCCACUGCUUUCCCAUCUUAAACACAGACACUUCCUGUCACUGCAUCAGCAAAUAGCAUCACAAAUUACAGUACAUGAGGCGUGGGUAUUUCUUCACCAUUUUGUGGGGCCACAUCUUUGUUAUGAUAGAAGUAAAUAAAAAUCCAAAUGAAUUCAGUAAAACUGAAUUAAUUAGGAACAAACCAGGGUUUCCCUGUUUUAUUCCAAAUUAUUUACAUACCCCAAUAGAUCCAGGCCUUCCUGAAAGGUCCAAGUCUAAUGGGGUACUGGGCCUGUGAGGACUCACUUCUGGGUAGUCCUGGGACUGCCCAGGGGUGAGUCUCCAUUUACCAUUCCAGCCCAGUUUUUUUUGGUGAGAGUGGGAACAAAAAUCUGAGACAAAGUGGGCUUUUAAAACCCACUUUGGCAUGGAUUUUGGUGCUGUCUAGAAGCGCCUUAAGUCUUUAAGAUGAUACAGCAUUACUUUUUUUCGUCUUCUUUCCUCUCUUUUAUGUCUCAAGAGACUAACAUGACUACUUCUUUGAAAACCAAGUUGAUAUCUAAUAUUAAAAUAAAAGUUCCUUUGUGGGAGAAAAGAUAAUACUCUUUGUUGUAAUAAGUUAGGAACUAUUUGACUAUUCUUUGCAACUGACAUUUGUGAUCAGUUGUGAACUGACUCUAGCAUGAUAAGACCUCGUUCUUCUAUCUCCCUCUCUCAUUCAGUCUCCCCCCCCCCAAAUGCUACAUUUGAAAUCAAGUGAAUCCUAUACUUUCAAACCAAAAGUUCCAUGCAUAGUACCUUGAGAUUUCACAAAAAGGCAAUGUAGAGGCAGAGAUACUUACAAAAUGAUAACAGUUGGAGGUGGAGUUGGGAUUACUUUAUGAUGAUUGCUGAGCCAAUUUAAUAUUAUUAUCUAAUCCCAUUUUGGAAAUUACUAAACUUGUUAUGAGUUCCUUGUAUUAGCGAGCUCAGUAAUUCAGCUUCCCUUAAAUCAAGUACAAGCAUUGGCUCUGGAAGUCUCUUGAUUUAUUCCUGCUUGAAACUGAUUUUUCUGGUACAGGGUGCAUCUACAUUAUAUAAUUAAUGCACUUUUAUAUUACUUUAACUGUUAGUGCUUUGAAAUCCUGAGCUUUGUAGUUUGAUGAGCCAUCAGCAUGCUUUGGCAGAGAAGAUUAAAUGCCAGUUGAAGCUGUGUCAAAGGGUAUUAAUUCUACAAUGUACAUGCACCCACAGUCCACAGUACUUCUGGCACAUGCUUUACAAAUGUGUUUGUUUCGAUGUUACAUGAUUUCUAGAGCAUCUUACAAACAAAACUGACAAUCCGAAAGGAGAAAUUCAGUGUUGCUCUCCAGACUUUUACAUAAUAUAUUAGAAGACAGUUCCAUAAUUUUACAUUAAAGGCUUUCUCAUUAUUGAUAAAGUUAGUAAAUGGUUCUGGUAUUAAAUGAUUUGACAUUACAGUCUAUUCUAUCAUGCUGUGCAGUACUUAUUCCAGUUGUAAAACACACUUCCUUAAAAGGAACUCCUAUUUUGGUGCCUCUUAACUACUGAUUUGUAAUUGAUCUGGUAUUCUAAUGCCCUUUAGAAAACCCACCAGGCCAAAGGAAGAAAUUCUCCCUUUCUUUCUACCACUUUCUUUACAGGAUCUCUCAUCAAAACUGUUGCACAUCAGUUGUUAUAUAGAUGUGAUACUGUCACCUGUGCUCCAAGACUUCGGAUGUGGAACUUGUCUUUUCUUAUUGCAAAUAUUACCAUUAGAAACAAGCUAGCAUAUACUUACAUUAUGUUUGGUUACUACAGUAACAUGUCACAUAACUGAUCUGCAAGGCAGAAUGACAAAAGGGAAGUUUGGGUUUUUGUUUUGUAGAAAAUCUUAUUUAUACAUUUUUAGGCCUCAUUUAAAAAGUGUGUUUAGGAUUGUAACACAGAAUAUGUUCUUAAGCAUACUAGGUGGCUUCCCUGUGUACUUAAAAAGAAAUUUAAGUAGCGUAUUGUGAGUAUAAUUAUGCUUACUUAAAGAAGAUAAAUUUGCUAUACA